GUCCUGAUAAAGCGCGCUCGCGCUGCUGUUGGCGCUGCACUGCACACCGGCAGGAUGGCGAGCAGGUCUCUGUCCCGCUUAGCGCACUGCUCUUCCAGAGUAUUUAUGGUGGAAAUCAACCAGAAGACGGAACCGGUUUAUUUCGCGUUGAGCUCUGAGCCUCGCGCGCACCCCGGUGAGCUGGAGGCGCUGUUCGGCAGCCGGGAGCUCUUCUCUGUGUGCGCGCUUUGUGACGACCGGGUUCAGAGCGCGCUCUGUCACGCGCGCCUCAAAACCGCUCUGACUGCGCACGUGCCGUCAGGAUGUGACGUCUUCGACGCGGCUUCUUUCCUCCCCGACGUCAAAAACUCUCUGGUCAGGGGCUUCUUGCUGCGGGAUGAGUCCGGCCGGUCCUGUGCGGAGCGAGUUGUGGCCCAGCUGCAGCAGGAAGGCUCGGUCUGUGCGCUCGCGUACACGCGCGACGGAAACGGACACUACUUGUGCUCAGCUGUGAGCGACGAGCCUGCGGAGCGCGAGCGCGUGUAUUACGUCACGCCCGCUCCUGCGCCACUGUAUCAUCCCUCAACCCUGAACAUCAUCAACUCAGACGUGUUCUAUCACAUGGAAGAUGCUUACAAAGUGCUUCAAGAGUGUAGUGAUAUCAUACCGGAAUCCAAGGCAGUGUUGGAGCUGGUGGAGGAGCAACGCCUGGAGUCAAACAACGGUCAUGAUAAGAGGUUUCCAGUAAUUGUGAUAGAGGGACUGGAUGCUACAGGUAAAACUACUCUGACCUGCAGCCUGCAGAAGGCCUUGGAUGCAGUUCUGCUAAAAUCUCCUCCUCAGUGCCUAGCCCCCUUCAGACAAUGCUUUGACGCAAAGCCACCACUCAUUCGCAGGGCAUUCUAUGCUCUUGGCAACUACAUCACUGCAGCACAGAUAGCCAGAGAGGCAUCACAUGUUCCUGUGAUUGUGGAUAGGUACUGGCACAGCACUGCAGCGUAUGCGAUAGCCACUGCAGUGAGCGGGCGAGAGGACAACCUCCCAGCUGUUGGCUCAGAGAUCUACGAGUGGCCAUCUGACCUGCUGAGGCCCAGCCUGGUCCUGCUGCUCAGCGUCAGCCCUGAGGAGAGGCUCCGCAGACUCUCACACAGAGGCCUUGACAAGACUGAGGAGGAGAGCCAGCUGGAGAUCGAUCACCUGUUCCGUCGCAAAGUGGAUGAAGCCUACAAGAGAAUCCAGAAUCCUGCCUGUGUCGUUGUGGAUGCCAGUCCCAGCCCAGACCAUGUGCUCCAACAAGUGCUGUGUUUAAUUCGAAACAAAUACAACUUGUAAACCCCAGGCCACUUGUGAGUUUCCUAGAGGCUGCAAUACCUCAUAUCUCCAGUAGAUGGUAGUAUAAUCAUAAUCAUAUCCUGAAACAAAUAGCUCCUCCACCCCCACUGAAAAAGUCCCAGGUCUUGGACUGCAUUGGCUGCACAGGAGGUUGAUGGCUAAUGGCCAGCAGGCAUCAAAAUCCCGUAUCCUGACAUGUCACAACCUGUUCACUUCCCACAGAGUAACACUGAUGACACAAGAGAGAAAGUUAUUAUGAAUGCUGGGACAAGAUGUCAACUCCCAUAUACAGGGUUAUAGCCUUGCAUGUUCCAUACACUCUGUUAUGUUUUUCCUCUCACGCUGGCGCAUAGGAACUGAACCGAAAGGCUCAGUGAAUUCAUCAAUCACUUCAAUUAGAUUUCUGCACAAGGGCCCAUUGUUGGUCAGCUCAGCAUUCACUCCUCUGGGAGCUCAGAGAGCACGCCACAUUAAGAGCUAUCAGGGCCUCUUGGGCCAGGAAAUUCCACCAGUUAUAGGUGUUUCUGAGCAUUAAUAAAGAGCAAUCCCGUAGGAAAGUUAUGUUAUUUCCCCCUGCUGUUUAGUGUGGGACAUACUUUCCACUCAGCUUUUAAAAGCAAAAUGUGAUUUUGAGAUUACUGUCCCAUGGUGUUGUAUACAAUUUGUGCUUUCUGAAAUUGUUCAGAUUAAGUUAUAUAUUUGCUGGUUCCUUUACACACAUUGGAAGAUUCCAAUGGAUGCCAUGCAAGUGAUACACACAUCAUUUAACGGUGUACAUAACCAAUAUUAAAGCUCUUCCAUCUAAGACAAGAAGUAAACAGUUGAGCAUUCUUGGCUGACUGAAAGAUUUGUCACUAAUAGCAUUUAUUUCAUCUGUCAUGUAUUUCCUCAUUUGUUUAUUUGCAAUGCAAUGCAGUUACAAAAUAAGUAAGGUGAGAAAACAAUCUGAUAUCUGUAAAGAUCGUUCCAAGAAAGCGUGACGUAAACUCUGAAGAUUUGUUGUCACCACAAUAAAGCAUUUUAUAUGAUGCACAA